GGUGCGUCUGUUCAGACCCCAAGCCCCAGCAAGUAAAGAAGAUCUUCGAAGCACUGAAGAGGGGGCUCAAGGAGCAUCUGUGCGCCCAGCAGGCCGAGCUGGAUUACCUGACGGGACGCCACAAGGACACUCUCAGGAACUCCAGGCUGGUGAGACCCCUCCCCGGCCCCUCCCAGCCACGUGCCCGGGUGCACGCCCUUGCCUGCCUCGUGGGUGUGAACCUUAGUCUUGGGAACGCAGAGGCCGACAGAGUAGGCUUUAUUUUUAAUGAAUGAACCUCACUUGGACCCAAAACAAAAAACAAAACUCCAGAAAAGCACAAUACCAAAAACAAACCAAAAAAAAUACGAUGCCAGUUAAAUCUGAUUUUCAGAUAAAUAACAAAUCAUUUUUCAGUGUAAGUAUGUCCCCUGCCAUCUUCAGGACAUAGUUACACUAAAAAAGAAACUUAAUCCAUUGUUCAUUUGAAAUUUAAAUGGAACUGGCUGUCUUGUCAUUUAUCUGCUGGCAUUUCCAGGACCCCCCGCGGGGGACCUGUGUCUCUCCAGCACUCAGGUUUUUCCGUCCUGGGGAGUCCCUCUCGGCCCCCUCGUCUCUAUCUGGCUGCACUUGUCACACCUCCCUCUCCAACAGCUGCGGCUGUUCAGCUGUCUCUGUCUCUCCCUUCCAGAAGUAACUCUGAGGAAGGCGAGGCUUGUGUAGAGUUCUGUAUGUUUUAGCUGCUCCCAUUUCAUAGGUGGGUACACUGAGGCCGCAAAGGGGCCACCCAGAGGGACGAAGCACAUGGGGCCGGAUUCCCAGUCUCUGAGAAAUUGCUGUACAGUUACUGUUCUUUCCAAAGCCUUGGGAACUUUCCCAGUUGUUAAUUUCUUACAUAGGGUUUUCAUCUCAUAAUCCCACCUAUACGAUGUCACAGAUGCACACCUAGGAAAGCAGAGCCCCUCUGGGGGGUGGUCAACCAUCUUUUCCCUCUUGCUUGACCGACCCCCCUCCCCGAUCUUCUCUGUCCCAUCCUGUUUAACCCUUGAGGAUCAUCUAGUAUUUAUCUUUCCAUAGUUUCCUCCCUCGCCACCUUACUGCAAGUACGCAGACUGUGUAUAUAUAUAUAGAGGUAUCUGUAAGGGUCACCUUACAAAGUGAAGUCACAACUUGCAAACUCUCCCUUGUCUUACUUCUUUUCGUUGGUGGUCGCCAACUUUGUGGAAAUUCAUCCAGGCUCAGAUAUAGUGACCCUAACCCACGUGGGCAAAGCAAGGCCUGUUUUGGAAAUAACUUUCACGUGAUCACAGGCACACCCAUCGUGGGCACACUGUUUGUGGCUGCUUUUCACGCUCCAGAGGUAGGAACCACGUGGCAGGCCCAAGCUGCGCUAUUUACUCUCUGGCCCUUUGCACAGAGACCCCCUCGCCCUGACAAUAGAUUCUUUUCACUGGCUGUACCAUGGCGCCUGGUGGGGAUGCCCAGUCUCCUUCCAUCUGAACUCCUGGUGCUGCCGGCUGCCUUUUCCGAGUCUCUGGUCGUGGCUGAAGUCGCCCCUUAAAUAAGCAAAUCACAGUGGUUCCCCUCUCGAGUUUUCACCGUCCUUUUCAUAACAACGCUGUGGGGUAGGCGCAAUGGUGUCUCCUCUUUCAAAAGGAGAUGGAGGCUCAGAGAGGCAGAGAAGCUUGCCUGGGAUACGCAGCUGGCACGUAGAGUCAGGCCUUAGCUGCAUCCCCCAAAGCCCAUGUGUUCGCUCAUUCUUCUUGCGCGGUCUGGACCGCAGCUUGCUGACUGCAGGCCUUGGAGGACGGAGCGGCCGCUGGCUUUUUGUCCUCUGAGCUCGGGUGCCCCUGGGAUGGAGGCUCACGGGUCUCGGAGGAACGCUGGAGCCCUGACACCUCUCCCCCCAACAGGCUUUCUAUUACGAUCUGGACAAGGUGAGGGAAACUUCUUUCCGCAUGGGCAAACACGCUCAGUGGAGAGGCACAUUCGGAAGAUGGAGUUUCACAUCAGCAAGGUGGACGAGCUCUACGAAGGCUACUGCAUCCAGUGCCGCCUGCGCGACGGCGCCUCCAACAUGCAGCGGGCCUUCUCCCGGUGCCCGCCCAGCCGUGCAUCCAGAGAGAGCCUGCAGGAGCUGGGCCGCAGCCUGCAGGAAUGCGCCGAGGACAUGUGGCUCAUCGAGGGGGCCCUGGAGGUUCACCUGGGCGAGUUCCACGUCAGGAUGAAAGGCUUGGUGGGCUACGCACGUCUUUGUCCUGGAGACCUGUACGAGGUGCUCCUGCGUCUGGGCCGCCAACGCUGGAAGCUGCGGGGCCGCAUCGAGUCGGACGACAGCCAGACCUGGGACGAGGAGGAGAAGGCCUUUAUCCCCACCCUGCACGAGAACUUCGAGAUCAAGGUGACGGAGCUGCGCGGCCUGAGCUCGCUGGCGGUGGGCGCGGUGACCUGCGACAUCACCGACUUCUUCACCACCCGGCCGCAGGUCAUCGUGGUGGACAUCACAGAGCUGGGCACCAUCAAGCUGCAGCUGGAGGUGCUGUGGAACCCAUUUGAUACCGAGAGCUUCCUGGUGUCGCCCAGCCCCCCGGGCAAGUUCUCCAUAGGCAGCAGGAAGGGCUCCUUGUACAACUGGACACCCCCAAACACCCCCAGCUUCCGGGAGAGAUACUACCUGUCUGUCCUGCAGCCGCGGGCACAGCAGGCCUUGCUGCUGGACAGGCCGAGGGCCCCCUCCGUCCUCAGCUGCCUGUCCGACGGCGACCUUCGGGGCCCCGGCCUGCGGAGCCGCAGUCAGGAGCUGCCCGAGAUGGACUCCUUCAGCUCCGAGGACCCCCGAGACACGGAGACCAGCACAUCGGCAUCCACUUCGGACGUGGGCUUCCUGCCCUCAGCCAUGGGCCCCAACACCUCCAUCGAAGAGGAGGCCCAAGAGGAACCCCCGCCCCUGGGCCUCCUGCCAGACAUGCUGCACCUGGCGGAGGGUUCGUUCGUGGAGCAGCCGGGCUGGAGAGACUUGGGGGUGGGAACCCCCGACCUGUCACGGGGCUCCCCCUUCCACAACGACGUGCUCCCGGGGAGCCAGGGAGGCCCUGACGAAGGAGACCCCGAGGACACGGCAAGUGGGCCUGGGCUGUCCCUCGAGAGGCCUCUGCAGGAGGUGCUGGACUUACUGAGGUCCGUGGACCCUGCCCUGCCGCAGCUCCGGGAGCUGGAGUACCAGAUCCUCGCCUUCAGGGACCGGCUGAAGCCCCGCAGAGCUCGCCGGGAGCAUGCAUCCACUGAGAGUCUGAUGGAGUGCAUCCUGGAGAGCUUCUCCUUCCUCAACGCCCACAUCGCCCCCCAUGAGCUGGCCCUGUUUGGGGGCUCCCAGGGCCUGCGAAAGAACAAGAGCCCACCUCCAACACCGCCGCUGAAAGCGCCAUCCAGGGAGCUCACGGCUGGCGCCCCAGAGCUCGACGUGCUGCUCACGGUUCACCUCCAGGUCUGCACAGCGCUGCUGCAGAAACUGGGCUCCCCUAAUCUGUCGAGGAUGGUCCAGGAGUGCCUUCUGGAAGAAGCUGCGCAGCAGAAGCAGGUUCUAGAGACGCUUUCCGUGCUUGACUUUGAGAAGGUCAGCAAAGCGAUGUCCAUUGAGGAGAUCCUCCCACAGGCCACGCGGAGGAAGGGCUGCCUGAAGCUCUGGAGGGGCUGCACGGGGCCUGGUGCCACCCUGUCCUGCCCAGGGACGGCGCUGCUGGACCAACUCAAGAAGACGUUCCUGCACAGAGUCAGGGGGAAAUACCCGGGACAGCUAGAGAUAGCCUGUCGCAGGCUCCUGGAGCAGGUGGUCAGCUGCAGCGGGCUGCUGCCUGGAGCGGGGCUCCCCGAGGAACAGACCAUCACCUGGUUCCAGUUUCACAGCUACCUGCGGAGGCAGAGCGUCUCUGACCUGGAGAAGCACUUCGCCGAGCUCAUCAAGGAAGUAACGCUCGCGGAGGAGCUGCAAUGCAGGGCUCAGGCCAGGACAGUCAGGAGGCUGCAGGGGAAGCGGCUGGGCCAGCUCCAGCCCCUGCCACAGACGCUGAGGGCCUGGGCGCUGCUUCAGCUGGACGGACCCCCCCGGGCCUGCAGAGCGGCCAGCGCCCGCCUGGCCGGCGCGGCCAGAAACAAGAGCUUUCGGGAAAAGGCCUUGCUCUUCUACACCAACGCCCUGACCGAAAAUGAUGCAAAACUACAGCAAGCUGCGUGCGUGGCGCUAAGACAUCUCCGGGGCGUGGAAAGCAUCGAUCAGAUCGCCAGCCUGUGCCAGUCUGACGUGGAGGCCGUGCGUGCAGCCGCCCGGGAAACCACGCUGUCAUUUGGAGAGAAAGGCCGCUUGGCUUUUGAGAAGAUGGACAGACUCUGCUCAGAACAGAGAGAUGCGGCCUUUGGCCAGGAGGCAGAUGUUGAAAUCACAAUCUUUUAAAAAGCCUCAGCUGAUGGGCUCACAUCCGGGGUCCUUGUCUGUGCUGUAGCCUGGCCCCAACACACGGAGGGUUUUGGGAGGGUGCGGCGGGGGGCAGGCUGAGCACUCCCCGAAAAGCAUCAACUGGCCAAGCUGCUUCCUGACCGUCCAGGCAGUUACGAAGCCCUGGGGCGUAUGUGGGACUUCCGUCCCGGGGCAGAGCAAGCACGGCACUUUGAGGGCUGCACUCCGGUCCGCCUUUGGCUUUGAGCAUCUGCCUGACUUUCCGCAGGUUGCAGAGCCGGGUCAGUGUCGGCUGGUCCUGCUAUGGGGAGGCUGAGGCUGGGAGUCAGGGCAGCCGACUCGGCGCCAUCUGGUUCCCUCACGCCCCGGACUGAGGCGGCGAGUGGGCUGGCUGACCCUGCUAAGGAGGUGGUGUGGGUCGCAGGGCAUGCGGGAGGGCCCAGCCAGGGUGUCCACUGUUCACUUCAGCCAGACACGCAGCCCAGAUGUCUGUGGAGCCGGGCGGCAGCCUGCCAACCACGGACCUUGAUCUCACUGUGGUUCUACGACACGAGGAAACAAGGACGGGGCCUCUGCUGGGAAGUCCAAGUGUCCUUUGCCUUGACCUUCACCAGUCAGAACAGAGGGGCUUCCCCGAUGGCUCAUCAGUAAUGAAUCUGCCUGCACUGCGGGAGACUCGGGGUUCGAUCCCUGGGUCGGGAACAUCCCCGGGAGGAGGAGAUGGCAACCCCACUCCAGUGUUCUUGCCUGGAGAAUUCCAUGGACAGAGGAGCCUGGCAGGCUGCCGUCCAUGGGGUCGCAAGUGUGACGACUAAGCGCAAUGAAGCACAAAUCCAAAUGGAGUUCUGAAGCAAGUCCACUUAGGGCUUGUUAAAUACACUGCUUCAGAGGCCACGCGCUGGUCUGAAGAAAGAUUUCACUGAACAUCACGUUUAAAGAAAGAAAAUCAGUUUCCUAUUUAAGUCUUAAGAAAACCCCAGAGUGUCCUGGGAUGUUUCUGGGUUAAUACAGAGGCACCCUGGGUUCUGGAUGUGGAAUCCACAGUGGAAUUGGUAAAGCUCUGUAAUUUAAACAUGCUCAUUUACAUUUCAUGUAUAUAUUUUGUGCUCUUUGGUUUAAUUCAGUAUUUAUUGCCUUGCCGAUAUGUUGUUUUCUGAAAUAUCAAUAAAAAUAACUUUUUA